AUUCUCCAUUCACUUAUCCCUCUCAACAAUCUCAUCAAUAAUGGAAGAGCUCAGGGAAGCGGCGGUUGCUUAUUACAACAACGGCACCGAGGAACAAAAGAAUUUGGCACGUCAGUUUUUCCGGGCAAUGGACGUUGACGGUAACGGCCGUGUCAGCCUUCGUGAGUAUACCGACUUCUUGGGUAAAACCGCCGGUUUAGCUAGCUUCCAUCCCGAGAUGUUUCCGACGCUUGACCAAAAUGGGGACGGUCAGCUCGACUUCGCGGAGGUCUUGACCCUUUACUAUGUGGCUCGGACGCAUACCGUUUGCUGCGACGUGUGCCUCCAUGCUCUGAGUGGUUUAUACUUCACGUGUGUAACGUGCUUUGAAUCGAAAUGUGGCGACGACACGUUUGAUCUCUGCGUCAAGUGUUAUAAGCGGCAAGCUUAUAGCCAUCCGCAUCGUCUCUUCUUGGAUAGUAAUGUUUUAUUACGAGCUAAGCGUAACGAUCCUCUGCCGCCACCGCAGUCGCCACAACAGCCGCCUGAUGAUGAAAACCAGUCUGAAGAAGAAUCUGGGAUUGGAUGGUCGGGUGCGCUGAAAGCAAUGGAGGUCGGAUUUACUGUUGGAACCGCCAUUUCUGUAUGCACUAUUAUGUAACAACUCAUUUUCUACAUCAUUGUUGCAUUUUCUUUGGAUAUAUACUAUAAGUUUCAAUUGGCAGACUAAGAGAUCAAAUGCGAAUGUAAUGCGUUAAUUUUUGGCGAUCUCUCAUGGGUUCUAGAGUGGAUGGCUCCAUUGGAAAUUCUAUGGCAUAUUUCUAAGCGUUUCUGUCUCUCUUUUUUUUUGCUUAUUUUGUUCUUAAACCCUGCAUUAUUUCACAUAAUUGGUAGCUUCCAAUAACAAAGAUUCAACACAUUGUAGAACAUUCUCCUUAUAACCAAGAAUUGGUAGCACGAUC